AUGUCAACAACCCCGAUGACACCUUCCACUGAGGUAUAUUUGCCGGCUUAUAAUGGCCAAGAGAACUUGAAGAGUGCAUUUAGUUGGAGCCUAAUACGAAUUCGAAUUUUCAUGUUCGAUGUUAUAGAUAACCCUUCUACUUACGGCAUGGAUCGGGAAGUCGUACCAGAAUUAAGAAGACUAUGCACCGAUAUUGUCGAUCUCAGCCAAAAGGGGAGCAAUUAUCAGUCUGAGGCCUCCUACCCCCAAACUAUUUUGAGGAUAGUUAACCCAGCAGGGGCUAGCGAGGAUGAAUCGUACUUAUUGUUGGAUAAAACGACUCAUGGAGGUCUUCCAUAUUGGUGCUCCUUUGACCUUCUAGUCCAGCACCCCAGGGUGCCACAAAUUACAAUUUCUACUUACCUCUUGACAUUGAUGUACGCCAAUUGGUGUCGCAAGAUAGCUCCGCGCUCUCCCUAUGUGUAUUCAUGUGUUUGGGCAGAGAAAAACGGUAAGCAGAGCCGCUUUCACCUGGGAGCAUCGCUUGGGGGAUAUACCACUCCUAAACCAGGGGCCGACCUCUGGGUCAGAAUUCUGCAACAAGCCCGUUUCAAUAUUCUCCGCGAUCAAAGAAUUGACACAGUAGGAAUAACAGCCUGGUCUUCGAAUUUAAAGGGUCGAACAAUCAAAAUUAUUCCGUUUGGAAACUGCGCAGAAACCUAUCCUCUUGCGCACCUUCUACGGAACCGUAACUCUCGUGAGGAGGUUUAUGGUCUUGCAGUGAUGCCUCCCAAAUCGUCCAGAGAUGCAUACAGCCACUCGCAAGCAUUGAAGACAUUGCUGAGACCUUGCGCUAAUUGUCAACGGGUGAUAGGCCUCUGGGGUGGGAAAGUAGAAAACUUCAUCACAGAUGAGAUGCCGGGGAAUAGUACCGCAGCACCUUCAGGAGUGCAAUCGCCUACAUCACGAGGUCCUGGCCCGAGAGCAUCUGGAUCGGGGAUUGCUUUACCGACCCGGCGUAAACGUCCUUCUCCAGAUAAUGGCACUGACACUCCUGAACCUACGCCGAAAAAGCCUAAAGGCCCUGAGAUGCCUAGAAAACCAUCUCAAUUGGCCAAGGGAAAAGGGAAACCGCAGUGA